CGCGCGUAGAAUGUUUCGUCUUUAGUCUUUCAUCUUUUGUCUUCCCGAUGCCUGCGCGGCAGUCAAUGCUGACGGCGGACGAGAUCAGCUCGAUGGAGACCCAUACGAAGUCUUCCUUUGCGACGGUGGUAAGGGCUUCAGUCCCAGGCUAGCGACUGCACCAACAACCCUGCUCUCUCACCGAUGUGGCCUUUCUGGGAUCCUCCGGAACCUUCAAGGGCUAUCGAGCGGUCUCCUUCUCUGAGGAUGAUUUACAGUGGUAACAUACCACUACAUGGCCCCUUUUGAUGAAGCUCAGGCGUCUGUGAGCCUAAUUGUGCUAAGGAUGCCACUGUCCAUCCACUAGUGGCUUUGGUUUACGAUGAAUACCCGGUGGCCACCCUUCUCGAGGCGGUAACCAAGGAAAUUUAUCAUCAGAUUACAAGUGAUGAUGUGAAUGAUACAAUUGUGGUCCAAAAAAGGAAAUGAUGAGAUGCUCUCUGAUCCAACACUUGACUAUGCAGUUACUACACUUGUACCAAAUAUGUCCGGUGAUGAAAUUAAAUCUGAGGACACCCAAAUGAGAACUUUUUCUAUUUCAGGUCAUACAGAUAAUCUUACAAACGAUGAGGAAAACCUUAAAGGAUUUAGACAAAUACAACGAAGAAGAAGCAAAAACUCAAUCUCAAAAAUGCCACCGCACGAAGCCACAGAAGAAACAAAUAUCUGGAUAUUCUCAGUAAUUCAGGUGUUUCUGUUUCAUAAACACACCAUCAUUCAGUCCCAGAUGGAGAUUCAUGUGUGUCAUUAAUUGAGACAAGAUAUUCCACCAAAUCUGUUUCAAGAUUGACAUGUCGACCUAACCAGGCAUCAAGUUAAAAGGAUUUCAUGGUACUUUAAGCUGGUUUAAAGUAAGACGUUCUGAAUGACUAUCCAUUUCAGAUAUCACAAAACUUUUGGAUGUUUGAAUUAAUAUUGGGAUAUGAACCAAACUGAUCACAAAUUAACUCCUUUUGUCUUUCACAUUCUAAAUAAUGAAAGUGGGCAUACACAUGCUUGCAGAACAUAUUCUUUUUUUGCAAGCGAUAAGUAUCCCUCAGAAAAUAGCUACUCAAAUUACAUCUCGGAGGAAUGUUUCAGAAGAUGAAGACAACAGGGAUCUCAAGGUCACUGGGGUAGGCAGCAUCGGAUGUUACAGCUUUUAUCCGUGCCAAGGCAGCUGCUUAUCCUAUCAUUGAGAUGAUCGAGAAAAAUGUGGCCAACAAAACUGGCUCAAAGAGUGGGAGGAAACUAAACAAAUUAAAUGGACACAUCCAAUUCAAGGAUGUCUCUUUCAGCUACCCAUCAUGUCCUCAUCUCUUGAUCUUUAACAAGUUGUGUCUUGAUAUCCCCCUGGCAAGAUUGUAGCUUUUGUAGGAGGAAGUGGAUCACGGAAGAGCACAAUUGUGUCUUUGAUUGAACGCUUUUAUGAGCCCAGUUCAGGUUAGAUAUUAUUGGACGGAACUGACAUUGGAGAGUUUGACCUCAAGUGACUCUCAGACAACAAAUUGUCUUAUGCCCUAUAGAUAUUUUUGUCAUGUUUUGUCCAGGCUCCAGCAGAGUAUUUUUUGAUUUUGCAUACCUAGAAUGCAAACUUCAACUACAAUGUAGCUUUAGGUUUGAAAUGAAUAUUGUACUUCAAACGUUCAAUCUAUAGUUUGAGAAUUAUUGAUUUUGUUAUCAUUU